AUGUGUUUCUUGAUCGGUUACUGUUACUGUUUCUUUCCACAGACUCUUCUUCAUGAGAUGAUCCAUGCUCUUCUCUUUGUGACUCAAAACAACAGAGAUCGAGAUGGCCAUGGUCCAGAGUUCUGCAAACACAUGAACAGAAUCAACCAAGCAAGCGGCACUAACAUCACUAUAUAUCACUCCUUCCACGAUGAGGUGGACGUGUACAGGCAGCACUGGUGGCGCUGUAACGGACCCUGUCAGAAUCACAGACCAUUCUUUGGAUACGUAAAGCGUGCGAUGAACAGGCCUCCCUCGGCAAGAGACCCCUGGUGGGCUGAGCACCAAAGGACCUGCGGUGGAACAUACACCAAAAUCAAAGAGCCAGAGAAUUAUGAGAAAACAGGCAAAAGUGAUAAAAAGAAAGACAAGAAUCCUUCCGAUAAGACCUCCAAGAAUACGAAGCCUCCAAGCAGCACAACAGGCUCUGGCUCACAAGACAUCAGAAAUGUCAUUCCAUUCAGUGGGAGAGGGUUUAUUCUUGGAGGGAACACACAGACUUCCACGGACAAGCAGAGUCAGAGUCCUCCUAAAGCUCAACCCGAACCUCUCGCCUCUCCUCCUGACUCACCGCUUCUUCCAAGACUACAGCCCAUCGAGGCAAACUCGUUCAAAAGAGUCAGCUCAGGUGCAUCGAAUGUUCCCCGCAGAAAGUCUGUUAGUAACACUAAUGCCUUCAUCAACGUCAAUGGCUCACCUGUGAGAAUUGCCAAAGUCAAUGACUUAAGAGGCAAGCAGAGGUCGGUACGAGAUCUCUUCCAGGCCAUAGUCCUCAAAUCUCCAGAGAGAGCAGUCAGUGCUGCUGGUUCCUCCAAGCCUGCCGCAGAUGCCUCAACAGCAAACCCUGCUAAAUGUAAGGGACCAUCUUCAUCUAGUGCCUUAGAAGGGCAAACUAGCCUGAUCAGUAACCAUCACUCAUACAGUGCCACAGUGCCAAAGCCAGAGUCGCAUCUCUCCAAAUAUUUCGGCAGCAGUGCUCAAACGUCGAAAUCCCAAGAUUCACAGUCGAAAACUUUGGGAAGCCCCCAAAAGUCUGCAACUGGAACACCGGGUUACUUUUCGAAGCUCUUCGGAAGUAACCAAAAACUAGGAUCAGAUGCUACGAGCUCAGGAUUCCGAAACACUGGCAGUCCCCAAAGUUCACGUACUUCAACAACUACUUCAGUGUCCAGUUCGAAGCACUUUGGAGGCUCCGAAAAGCCUGAAUCCAAC